AUGCCACAGAUGUGCAGGGAAGAGAGUGAUCUUCAAUCAUCUUCACAAUCUACCAGUCAAGAAAUGAAGGCUCAUUCCAGAAUGACUACAUUUUCUUCUUCAAUGUUUGCAUUUUCUCUACGACAAUUUUUUACGUCUGUAAAAUAUGCCGACAAGGAAAAACAAGAGACGAAAAAGGACUCACCACUCUUCUCUGAUACUCGAAAUAAAGUCCGUCCAAACCACAUGUUAACCAUAAAUAAUCUUAUCUUUUUACUGUAUCCCCUUAUUCUGUUUACAACAACACAAGCAACUAGAUUCGAUUCCAUAAUUCCUGGAUGUCCUGACCUGAGGUCAAUCGCCGAAAUUGAUUCUUAUAAUGGAAGCUUCUGUUUCUGUGAUGCACUAGAUGAGAAUGAAGUGAGCAUAAGUUGCUUGUAUGGUUCUUCAGUUCAACAACUUCAAACUGUCAUUAAUGCUAUAGAAAAAGUGAAUAAAACUCUUCGAAAGAUAACACUAACUCGUAUGGAAUUUGACAACGCUACUUUGCCUGCAAGCCUUUUCCAUAGCUCACUUGCAUUAAUACAAACCAUCUCUAAAUUCAUAAUAAAGCAAUUAAAGCAAUUUUUUCUUCAUUUAAUUUAUUUAAAAUCCAUAAUUAAUCUAUAUCUACAACAUGCAGAUAAGUGCAUCCAUAUCGGUCCUCUAAAAAUUCAUCCUAGCGCGUUUUACGGAGUAGAGCAAACACUAGAAGAACUUUCUAUUACUGACUGCAAAUUAGAAGAAUUCCCUCGUGAAGCAAUCCACAACUUGACUAAUUUGAAAUCUUUAUCGUUAGCUCAUAACAAGUUGACCUAUUUGGAAAUAAAUGACCUCCAAUCACUGAAAAAAUCAUUUUCUUCGAGCUUUGUUCCAAAAGAAUUACUGCCCACUUUAAGAUUUGAAGAAAUAUCCACAUGUAUAUUUCUUAGUUUCAACUAUUCUCAUCUACAGUUGGAAGCAUUAAAUUUGGAAGGUAACUUCAUAUCAUCAUUAGAAAAAGGAGCGCUAUCAACACUUCGUAAUUCAUUACAUAUUCUUAGUUAUGGAAGUCACAAUUUCGUCAACGAUAGCAUUUUCGAGGAAAUUUCACAGCUCAACGAACUUCAAGUUCUAGAUAUGAACAAUGCUGAUGGCAUCACUGACAUUGCACCAGGAACAUUUCUAGGAUUGAGUAAACUAGAAAAAUUACUGCUAGCUGGAUGCAGUUUAACAGCUAUCCAUAAUGAGACAUUUCAAGGUUUAACUAAACUUACUGAGCUGGAUUUACGGAUUAAUCUUCUGAAUAAGAUAGCAUGUGGAAGUUUCAUUUCGACACCUAAUCUGCGACGUUUAUCACUGGCUGGAAAUUAUUUGAAUGAAAGUUUCCCUUGUUGGUGGAAUGGAAUGAAAAAUUUAAAAGAUCUAGAUCUCGGAUGGAAUGAACUAGCUGUUUUGGAGAAUGAUAUUUUUGUCGAACUUGGUUCUACACUUGCUUUCUUAAAUCUUCGGCAUAACAAGAAGUUAGUGAAGAUAGCUGACGAUGCAUUCAACGGGCUCAUUUAUGUCAGCCGUUUGAAUAUGAGUGCAGUAAGCAUAACGCAACUGAACAAUACGCUUCGCCAUCUUUCUUCUCUCAAA